CAGAUUUUUAUCGUACUCAAAUCACGGGUUGACAUCAAUAACAAAUAUACUUAUCUACUUGCCAUUUACACCAUUCGAUUGUCAAAUAAUUAAAUUAGAAAAUAUUGUCAGCCCUUUAACAGAAAGGAAGUGACUUAAAGUUUGAGCAACUGAAAAUCCGAUUGUGCAUUUCUAUUGCUGAGUCAGAAAUGACAAUUGAAUGACAAAAAAAAGUGUUAUCUCCUUACAAAUUAUUUGCUUUAUAGUAAAACAAGUUAGUUUCUGUUAUAAUACUGUUAUUAUGGAAUACGAACGAUAAGUCAAUAUGUUUGGAACGUUGCGAAGUAAAUUCCAGACGGUGCAAGAUGGAAUAUCCGCAAGUAUUAGGGGUUUGACCAUUGCUGAGGGUCAAAACCCAAAAAAUCGAACUCGCAGCUCAAACAAUGUGAGUUACGAUGCUGGUGCUGAUGUCUUACAUCAUUUUCAAGUACAGUGGAAUCAACUGCACGAAUUGGCAGAAGAUAAUGCUAGCAAAGCUCUCUACGUUGAUAACUUGGUCACCGGAAUUUAUGAGAAACUCGAUCAUGAAUGGAAUAGCAUUACUCGACUCAAUGCAACUCUUGCCUCCAUACCAAAGAUUAAUAACGAGAUUCAAAAUUUAAUGGACCAAAUUGGAACUCUGGCUGAAGCUUUUGAUGAAGUUGAAGCCGCUCUCUUCAGGCUGGAAGAUCUUAAUGAAACUCUAGAAUUACAGAGCAGACAACUGGAUCAUCGAUUUCAGUUGGCUUUGUACAAAGAGAAAAAACUCUCCGAAUUGGAUUCCACCAGAGCAAAAUUGGCAACUCAACAUUCUCAAAGAGUAAUGCAGCAAGAGUUGAAGGAACAAAAAAUUCUUAAAGAGCGGCAAGAAACUUUUGAAGAAUUCUUCCAAGACGAAUUACAAGACUACAAGGCAACGGGUAUGAUACGACAAACUCCAACCGCUCAACAAGGACCAACGCUGGACAAAAUAAUUUUGGACACUGACACGACAGAAUUCGACGAAUUUCUUAACAGUUAAAUGUUUUAUAAUGAUUGUUACUAUUUUUUUAGUGUACGAGAUGCGUUAUGCUUUUUGAGAAGUUUAUUAGACUUUGAAAGAAUAUAGACUGAUGGAUGCAACACCCAAAAA